GACAAGGGGCGGGCGCGUCCCUGCGAGCGGGCGGCGGAGCCGCGGGACGUCUCGCAAGAUGGCGGCGCCCCUGGAUAUGGAGCCGUCAGCCCUCAGCCUGGAGCUGCUGCCGACCGACCCGCUGCUGCUCAUCCUCAGUUUCCUCGACUACCGGGAUCUGAUGAGUUGCUGCUAUUUAAGUCGAAGAUUAAAUCAGCUAUCAAGCCACGAUCCGUUGUGGAAAAGACACUGCAAGAAAUACUGGCUUAUUUCAGAAGAGGAAAAAAGUCAACGAAAUCAGAGCUGGAAAGCCAUCUUCAUCAGUACCUACUCUGACCUGGGAAGGUACAUCCGAUACUAUGCCACGUUGAAAAAAGCCUGGGAUGACCUAGAGAAAUACUUAGGCCAGCGGUGUCCUCGGAUGAUUGGCUCUUUGAAAGAGAGCGUGCGGGAGGAAGAUCUCGAUGCUGUGGAGGCACAAAUAGGAUGCAAACUCCCCGAUGACUAUCGAUGCUCAUUUCGUAUCCAUAAUGGACAGAAGUUAGUUGUUCCUGGUUUGAUGGGAAGCAUGGCACUGUCGAACCACUACCGCUCUGAAGACUUGCUGGACAUCGACACAGCAGCUGGAGGUUUUCAGCAGAGGCUAGGUCUGAAGCAAUGCCUUCCUCUUACUUUUUGCAUUCAUACUGGCCUGAGUCAAUACAUGGCCCUGGAGAGUGUGGAGGGACGAAAUAAAUACGAGAUCUUCUAUCAAUGUCCAGACCAAAUGGCUCGCAAUCCAUCUGCUAUUGAUAUGUUCAUCACAGGUACAUCUUACUUGGAAUGGUUUACAUCCUAUGUAAACAAAGUUGUGACUGGUGGUUAUCCUAUCAUCAGAGACCAGAUUUUCAGGUAUGUGCAUGACAAAGAAUGUGUUGCUACCACAGGAGAUAUUACUGUUUCUGUGUCCACAUCUUUUCUACCUGAACUCAGCUCUGUGCAUCCACCACAUUAUUUCUUCACUUACAGAAUCAGAAUUGAGAUGUCCAAAGAUGCUCUUCCUGAGAAGGCUUGUCAGCUGGACAGUCGGUACUGGAGGAUAACGAAUGCCAAAGGUGAUGUGGAAGAAGUUCAAGGUCCUGGAGUAGUUGGAGAGUUUCCAAUUAUCAGUCCAGGGAGAGUCUAUGAAUACACCAGCUGUACUACCUUUUCCACAACAUCUGGAUAUAUGGAGGGAUAUUACACCUUCCAUUGCCUCUACUACAAGGACAAAUUCUUCAAUGUCACAAUUCCCAGAUUUCAUAUGGUGUGUCCAACAUUCAAGGUGUCUACAGCACGAAUCGAAACAAAUCAUAAUGAGUAUGCAGUGGAUGAAGACGAAGAUUCUACAGACACUGAUGAAUACGAAGAUCGACGGAGGGUGUUGGACAUUCCUGCCCCUUCUGGACGCUGCCCACGUCACACCUGAUGACAUUUCUCUUCUUUCCCAAACCAAAAUGAACUGUUUUCAGAAGCUGAACUCUUUGGGGCUAGUGCAUAAGAACAUUUCUGACUAUUGUAAAUGAACUUUUCUGUUGCACAUCAGGGCAACUAGCAUGAAUGUCGGUGCCAGUUGUAACAUUCAUCAGAGCGUAACUUCGGGUUGUGUUGUUUAUUUUCUCUUGGUUUGGAAGCGGGGAAGGGGCUUGGGGAGGGCUGGAGGAGGGAGGGAGGGAGAAGAAGAGAAAGGUGUUUGGGCUUUGUCUACUUUUUCCCAAAGUGCAAAGCAGCUUGGUAGUCUGAGGUAAUCACAUCUUCCAUUUUUAAACUAUUGCCUAUUUAUGAUCAUGUUGCAAAUACAGUGUGGGGGUUUGUUUUUAUACAAGCAUUUAGAAUUAGCAAUAGGCAAGAUGGCAAAAAAAGCUGUGUGCUAUUGUCCUUUCUCCUGAGUUUCUACUCUUGACAACCCCUGCUAAGAACAGAACUUGCAGUUUCAUCUGUGUAUCUCAUUUGGGUGAGAUCAGGUGCUCUUAGGAUCUUUUUUUUUUCUUUUUAAUGGAACAUGGAAGUACCAGAAAAAUCUGGUCAUCAGAGUCAUAAAUUAGGAAUUAAACUGGCCUUAUUUUUUAGACAAUCUGUCUUUCAGCUUAAUCUCAUGCUGAGUGACUGAGUGGAUGGUGCCUUUUGGAAUGUGGUGCAUCACCCAGCACUCGGUACCUGAGCCCUUUCUCAAUCACUACAGAGGACGAAUUUGUAAAUACAUUUUGAGGUGGGGUGGCUGUUGCUUUUUUUCUUUAUCUGAUAUUUGCUGUUCAGACUUUGUCAGCUCUGACAGAUUUGUUGGGAAGGUCACAUUUCCCUGAAUCCUCUAUAGCUUUUUGUAACUAGGCCUGAACAAAAAGCAGCAAAGGCAAAUAAAAACCCCAAAGGGAGCCUGACAGAACACCAGAUGAGUAGAAACUUUAAAGUAUCUGUUUGCUCCAUCACUUUUCUUUUGUGUCCAUUGUCAUUAAUAAACAACUUAACUGCCUCCUUUUGCUCUGAAGUGCCACAUGGGACUCUUCCUGCCAGGACUUGAGCAAUAACUGUGUGACUGGCCUCGCUGUAGUCAGUUCCUCUUUUUGCCAUCCAGAAUUAGUAGCUCCUGUGAGGGAAAAAAACCCAGUGUGUUGUGGUUCCAAGUGAAUGUUUCCAUUAUGGACUGGUGACUGCUCAUGCAGAAAGCCUCUUUUAACACAAGUCAUACAUAGUAUUCACUUCUCUGUGUGCUCAUCUUUCUCUAGGGCCCUGCAGCAUUUGGAUCUCCCACAGAGGUACGAAGUAGAAAAACAAAUCUUGGGUCCAACCUAACUAGAAAACAUCCAGAGAAGCAAAAAACUUUUUAUUGGCCCUCCCAGAAGCUUGAGCAGUGGUUGUGAAUUGCUGGAGUGGUUUCAAAGAGUUUCCAGUUGAGGAUUCCACAGUAUUAACUGCAAGUGGAAAAUGGAAUGUUUGCUGUGUAAUGCUCUUUCUUCACAGAAAUGUCAUUGUCUGUUGAAAGGAUUGGUUGAAAAGGGAUUUAAUGGAACAAGACCUUA